AUGUCUAUUAAACAACAAACUAAGAUGAUGAAAAUGGUAUGUAGACAGGCUGCAUUAAUGCGAGCGCCUUAUCAUAGUCCACCAUGGUUGAGACAUGCAGCCAAUAAUGUAGAGAAGAAAGAAAAAAUAUCAAGUCAAACAUCAAAAUCAAUGAAUAAAAAGAAAAAACUCAAACAACAUCAUCAAUUGAAAAAAAUACAACAGACAACGAAAUGA